AGGAAAUCAAACACAAUUGAAACAAAACCCAGAUUUCCAAUUCUCUCUCUCUCUCUAAACAAUUUCAUUAAUUCCGAUCAAGAAAUGGGAGAGAUCGGUGAGAAUCAUGUGAUUUCAUCUUCAGAAGGAUUCUGUGUUAAGAAAAAUGAUCCUUUGAAUUGGGGUUUUGCUGCUGAGGGUCUUAUGGGUAGUCAUUGGGAGGAAGUGAAAAAGAUGGUGGAGGAAUUUAGGAAACCGGCGGUGAAUCUCGGCGGUGAGAAUCUUACUAUAUCUCAGGUGGCGGCUGUAGCUUUGGCCGGCGGUGAUGUUCAUGUGAAAGUUGAAUUGGCUGAAUCGGCUAGGGCUGGUGUUAAAGCUAGUAGCGAUUGGGUUAUGGAAAGUAUGAAUAAGGGUACUGAUAGUUAUGGUGUUACCACCGGAUUUGGUGCCACCUCUCACCGGAGAACUAAAGAAGGAGGUGCUCUUCAAAAAGAACUAAUUAGGUUUUUGAACGCCGGAGUUUUUGGGAACGGAACAGAAUCAAGCCACACGUUGCCGGGAACCGCCACAAGGGCGGCGAUGCUCGUGAGAAUCAACACCCUUCUUCAGGGUUAUUCCGGCAUCAGAUUUGAAAUUCUUGAAGCCAUAACCAAAUUCCUCAAUUCCAACAUCACUCCAUGCCUUCCUCUCCGGGGAACCAUCACCGCCUCCGGCGACCUUGUCCCACUUUCCUACAUCGCCGGACUUCUCACCGGCAGGCCAAACUCGAAAGCUGUUGGACCGAACGGGCAGACCUUGAAAUCGGAGGAGGCUUUCAAGCUAGCUGGAAUUGAAGGUGGGUUCUUUGAGCUUCAACCGAAGGAAGGACUUGCACUUGUUAAUGGAACCGCAGUUGGGUCUGGUUUAGCUUCGAUUGUUCUGUUCGAAACUAAUAUAUUAGCACUCAUGGCUGAAGUUUUGUCAGCCAUUUUCGCUGAAGUUAUGCAAGGAAAACCUGAAUUCACUGAUCAUUUAACCCACAAACUUAAACAUCAUCCUGGCCAAAUCGAAGCUGCAGCGAUCAUGGAACAUAUUCUGGAUGGAAGCUCAUAUGUCAAAACAGCAAAACAACUCCACGAAAUGGAUCCAUUGCAGAAACCCAAACAAGAUCGAUAUGCCUUAAGGACAUCCCCACAAUGGCUCGGGCCUCAGAUCGAGGUGAUCCGCGCUUCCACCAAAUCGAUUGAGCGCGAGAUAAACUCGGUUAACGACAACCCUUUGAUCGAUGUGUCCAGAAACAAGGCCCUGCAUGGUGGAAACUUUCAGGGAACUCCAAUUGGUGUUUCCAUGGAUAACACCAGACUGGCUAUAGCUGCAAUUGGGAAACUUAUGUUUGCUCAAUUCUCCGAGCUUGUUAACGAUUUCUACAAUAAUGGGUUGCCUUCGAAUCUCUCUGGUGGGAGGAAUCCUAGUUUGGAUUAUGGGUUCAAGGGAGCUGAAAUCGCGAUGGCUUCUUACUGUUCUGAGCUGCAGUUUUUAGGAAACCCUGUUACAACCCAUGUUCAAAGUGCAGAACAACAUAACCAAGAUGUGAAUUCACUUGGUUUGAUCUCAUCUAGAAAAACAGCUGAAUCAGUUGAAAUCCUCAAGCUAAUGUCUACAACUUUUCUCGUGGCGCUAUGCCAGGCUAUUGAUUUAAGGCAUUUGGAAGAGAAUUUAAGAAACACUGUCAAGAACACUGUUAGUCAAGUGGCGAAAAGGGUUCUCACCAUUGGAGCUAAUGGUGAGCUUCACCCGUCAAGGUUUUGCGAGAAGGAUUUACUAAGGGUGGUUGAUCGUGAAUAUGUUUUCGCCUAUGCUGAUGAUCCUUGCAGUUUGACUUACCCAUUGAUGACCAAACUAAGAGGUGUGCUGGUUGAACAUGCUUUGAAAAAUGUUGAAACUGAGAAGAACUCUACUAGCUCGAUCUUUCAUAAGAUUGGUGUUUUUGAGGAGGAAUUGAAAACCCUUUUGCCUAAGGAAGUUGAGAGUGUUAGGGUUGCUUUUGAUAAUGGGAUUUUGGGUAUUCCUAAUCAGAUUAAAGAAUGCAGGUCUUAUCCUCUUUAUAGGUUUGUGAGGGAGAAGCUUGCUACCGGAUUUCUGACCGGAGAAAAUGUCAGGUCGCCGGGAGAGGAUUUUGAUAAGGUGUUCACUGCUAUGUCUAAGGGAGAGAUUAUUGAUCCUUUGUUGGAAUGUCUCAAGGAAUGGAAUGGUGCUCCAAUUCCGAUUUGCUAAGAAAUCGGUUUUUAUUUUAUUUUAAUUGUUGUUGUUUUUUUAAUUAAUAUGGAUAUUAUCUUUUUGUUGAAUAAAUAAACUGAAAUUAUCUAAUCAUAAGUGGGUUUUGUUG